UUCUGUUGAAACCAGAUGUGUGGAGGUAGCAGUGAGCUGUGGAGCUGUUUUUGAUAAGAUCUGUGCGUCAUUCUGAGUAGACGGAGGUGAACAGCAGCACCAGCUUCAGGGUGCAGACGGAUACACAGACAGUGGCGACAAUGAAGUUGUGAAGUUUCUCAGCUAAACUAGUAAACGAGGUCUUCAGGGACCCAUCAUGGUCUCCAUUGGAUCAGUUCUGGUCCUGCCCUCCCUAAUGGUUUUGGCUGUCAGCUCCCACUCUCUGGUGCAGGUAAACUCAGGUGUGCGGGUCCACCGAGGCCACUCAGUUUCCAUCACGGAGUCAGAUUUUAAGAUCCAAGUGGAUCCAAGCUCCAGUUGUAAGGUGGAGGUGGUUGUAAAUGAGCCGGUGACCCAGAGGGUUGGGAAGUUGACUCCACAGAUGUUUGACUGCAGUUUUCUGAAGGAUGAAGUCCGAUAUAUCCACAACGGGAGUCCUCUGCUGGACGAUGACACGGUGCUGCUCCGAGUGUAUAGGUUCACAUCCUCAGACAUGCAGGUGGAGAUGGUGGUCCUCAGAGUCCAGGUGCUGGAUGGGGGUCCCAAUGUGGUGGAGCUGGGCAGCACUCUGUUGGUGGUUCCUCAGUUCUUUGGUUUGUCCAACACCAUAAACAGCACCGUGCUGAGGAUCAGGACUCCAGGGGACCUGGUCUGUACGGUCAGGCUGAUGACUGCAGAGACCAAGGUCCCGAUGGUGGGUCGGCUGGUCCACGAGGAGGACUCCAUCCAACGGACAGGCCGUCAGGUUCAGGAAUUCUGUCCUGGAAACAAACCAUGUCUCCACCACGCCACUGAGGUCCAGUUUCUUAAAACCAGCUGCCAGCACUUCCUGAGUUCCGGCCUCAAGUACCAGCACCUCAGUCCUCCGUCCCUUCAGACUGACUACAUCCCAAUCCAGGUGGAGCUGAGGGAGCAGAUGACCAGGAAGCUGCUGGAGUCACAGGCUCUGUGGCUGCCGGUUGUGAUCCAUGGCGCCGUGCAGAAUCAGCCCCCCAAGGCUGACUUCAUGGCCUCCUCCAUCCUGGAGGUGGACCAGUUUAUCCUCACCCCUCUCAGCACCGCCACACUGGACGCCACAGACCCGGAAACCCCACAGGACCGGCUGGUGUUUAACGUGACAGCCCCCCCUUCAGAGGGAUACAUCACACACCUGGAGGACCACACCAAACUGAUCCGGUCCUUCACGUGGCUGGACCUGCAUGACAUGAAGGUGGCCUACCAGCCACCCAACAGCAGCCAGAGUCUCCGCCAGAACCUCCAGGUACCACGGAGACCCAGAGAGCAGUGGUCAGUGAUCAGUAAUCAGGUGGAGUUCCAGGUGAUAGACGGAUCCUUUACGAGCAGCCAGCCCAUCCUAGUCUACCUGUCUAUCAGGGCGUCAGAAACAGACGCACCUAGAGUCUCCUGGAACAUGGGUCUGGAGCUGCUGGAGGGUCAGUCUCGACCAAUCACGUGGAAGGAGCUGCAGGUCGUUGACAAGGACAAUAUCGAUGCCGUUUACCUGGUGGCCGUGGACGGACCAGUGCAUGGCUGGCUGAGUGUCAGAGGUGAGAAGGCCUUCAUGUUCCAUGUGCGGGACCUGAAGGAGGGCUUGGUAAUCUACCACCACUCCGACAGCGACUCCACUCGCGACCAUAUCGUAUUCCGCAUCAGCGAUGGCCGUCACAGCAUCCGACACAAGUUCCCCAUCAAUAUCCUGCCCAAGGACGACUCUCCACCCUUCCUCGUCAACAACGUGCUGGUGGAGGUGCAGGAGGGCGGCUCCGUGCGGCUGGAGGAAUACAUGUUGCUGGCAUCUGACCUGGAUUCAAGUGAUGACUUCAUCCGGUACCAGACAGUGUCCUCUCCACACGCAGGUCAGCUGACCAGGAGGAGCUCCGUCCAUGAAAUCGCUAUUCCUGUGGACAGCUUCCUACAGAGAGACCUGAUCCAAGGUCAGAUCUACUACCAACACUCCGGAGACGAGGUGUUUGAGGAUUCCUUCGACAUCAUGCUCUCUGACUGCCACCAGCCGCCAAAUCUGUCACAGACAUACACGGUGGUUGUCCAGGUGUUUCCGGUGAAGGACCAGCUGCCGGUGGAGGUUCCUGGCACCAUCCGCUCUCUGACCGUCAGGGAGACAGACGUGGUUUACAUCUCGCAGUCUCAGCUGCACUUCACAGACAAAGAAAACCCGGAAGCUGACCUAACCUACAUAAUUAUGCAGACCUGCUUCAGCCCGCUGCAGCCUGGGCUGAUGGAUGCAGGACGUCUUUUCUACACUGACAGCACCAGCUCCAUGAAGAAGGACCACAUGGUGCCAGUGCUGAAGUCCUUCACUCAGAGCGCUGUGAACCACAUGAAAGUGGCCUUCAUGCCUCCUGUGGAGGACAUCGGUCCUGACCCGCUGUUUGUCCAGUUUGUGUUCUCUGUCAGCGACCAACACGGUGGCACCAUCUCUGGUCUGGUCUUCAACAUCACCGUGACCCCUGAUGACAACCUUUCACCUGAGGCCUUCACCAACCUGCUGCGGGUGGAGGAGGGCGGGCGGUCCUUUGUGACAGAGGAGCACCUCCUGGUCCAGGACCAGGACAGUCCUGAGGAGAGGUUGAGGGUGGAGGUUCAGAGGAUAGCUCGUCAUGGCCGGCUGGAGCUGCAGGGGGGAGUUCUGCUGCAAGGAGGUGUGUUCAGGCUUAGUGACCUGAGAGGACUGCGGCUCAGCUACAUCCAUGAUGACUCUGAGACCAGUUAUGAUGAAGUGGGUCUGAAGGUGAUGGAUGGUCUAAACUCUGUGGAUGUUGUGCUGCAGAUCCAGGUCCUGCCGAUAAAUGACGAGCCCCCCCAGCUGGGUGGAGGUCUGCGGGAUGAGCUGCGCUGUGAGGAAGGUGGGCGGGUUCAGGUGACUGUGGAUUAUCUGUCAGCCACGGACCAGGACAGUGACGACUCCAGGCUGACCUACAUGUUGGCCCGGAGUCCUGGUAGAGGGGAGCUGCAGAGAGCGGGAAUGAUGACGGAUAAAUUCUCCCAGCAGGAGCUGCUGCAGGGACACAUCUACUACGUCCACUCUGGUGCAGAGAUCGGACCUGAGCCAGAGUUUGACACGGUCACCCUCAUUAUCUCUGACGGAGAGGCUGGAGUGACAGACAACUGUUGCCAUGGAGAUGCCCCACUCCCACCUGUUCCACUGCAUGGCACACUUCCUGUUUAUGACCUGAACAUCACCAUCCUUCCUGUAAACAACAAGGUUCCUCAAGUCACUCUGGGGGAGUCCUUGCUGCUGGUGGAUGAAGGCUCCAGGGCCUGUUUGUGUGGGGGGGUUCUUGGGGUCUCAGACCCAGACAGUCCCCCGGAGGAACUGACUUUUUACCUGGAGACUCUGCCUCUUCAUGGCUUCCUGGAGAACUUGCAGCCCAUCCCAGGAUCAGAGAAGAUCAACGUGGGACAACCAAUAGAAUCUUUCAGCCUCACAAACCUGACCUCCGGUCUCAUCAAUUACGUCCAGUCAGAGCACAGAGGGGUGGAGCCAACUGUGGACCACAUGGCCAUCAGUGUGAGCGACGGGCUGCACAGCUCCGCACCUGUCACCUUCUACAUCAUCAUCAACCCGACCAAUGACGAGCCGCCUUCGCUGCUGCUGGCUAACUUUACUGUGAAGGAGGGCGGGGUCAGGGAUCUGACUCCAUCCAUUCUGGACGCCUCCGACCUGGACAACCCCCCGGACCUCCUGACCUUUAGAGUGGAGCGCACACCGGCUCACGGCAUCCUGGUACACGCUCCAUACAGGGAGGUGGGAGCUGAGUUGCUGCAGAGGAGCCACGGAGUCUCGUCCUUCACCCUGCAGGAGCUCCGACAGGGCAUGAAGAUCCUGUACCAGCAUGAUGACACAGAAAGCCUGGAGGACGUCGUGCUGCUGCAGCUGACAGAUGGAGUACACUCAGUGCAGGGGAUGGCUCGGGUCACAGUGCUGCCGGUCAACGACAACAAGCCAUGCCUGAUCAGGAAUGCUGGGCUGGACCUGGACUCUGGGGACCACAGAGUGAUCUCCAGCAUGGUUCUGGAAGCUGCAGAUCUGGACACAGCUCCAGACCAUGUGUUCUACUUCAUCAGUGCUGCACCAAGAUUUGGAAAACUUCUGCUGAAGACAGAAUCAAGCUGGAAUGAGCUUUCAGCUGGUCAGAACUUCACUCAAGAACAGGUAGAGCAGAACCGGCUGUGGUACCAUCACAGAGCCAGCAACACUGGGUUCAGAGGUCACGACAGCUUCCGAUUCAUCUUGAGCGACGUGGACAGCGAGUCUCUGACUCAGAGAUUUUUGAUCUCCAUCCGUACAGUGGACAGAGGUGAGAUCGUCCUGCACACCAAGGCCGUCCACCUGAGGGAGGGGGAGCGGGUUGUCCUGAUCACCGACAUCUUGCUGGCGCUGGACUCUGCGGGUCGACCUGAGGAGCUGGUCUUCACCGUGUCCACCCCGCCCCAACAUGGCCUCAUCCACGCCAUCCAGCAGCCCGGGGUCCCGCUGAUUAGCUUCACUCAGCUGGACGUGGCGGCCCACCGAGUGUGCUACACUCACAACAACGACCACGACUCGGAGACCGAUUCGUUCAGUUUUGUUGUCACAAAUGGCGCCUCAUCCCACAGCGGCAUGCUCCUCUUCACCAUCGAACACGGUGACCGGAUCCCACCAACCUUGAAAGUCAACGCUGGCCUCCAUCUGCAGGAUAGGUCCACUGCCACCAUUACCCCUGACCUUCUGCAGCUCACCGACCUGGACACCGCCACCUCCAACCUGACCUACCUCAUCACCCUGCUGCCCAGGUACGGAAAGCUGCUGCUGAAGGGAACCGGACUACCUUCGCCACCCAGGUUCUUCCAGACUGACAUUGACCACCUGGACCUGGCUUACCGGCACAACCCUGGCAGCCCGGCAGAGCUAGACCAGUUUUAUUUUCUGCCAAGCGAUGGAACCAACAAAGGUUACCUGGAGUUUGGCCAGUUAAGGGAGGAGCCUGCAGUAUUUAACAUCCAGGUGGAAAAGGUGGACAGGAUUUCUCCCAGUCUAAGCCACACGGAGAGUCCCAGUACCAUUGUGGAUCUUGGCGCUGGCCGUUAUGGUAUCUUCAUAACGAGCAGACACCUGCAGGGCUCCGACCCAGACAGCCCACUGGAACAGCUGGAGUUCUUUAUCAUCAGACCGCCCCAAUUUGGAUUCCUGGAGAAUGCAGCCACAGGAGCAUCCAUCAGUCGCCGUUUCACCCAGCAGGAUUUGGAUCAGCGCUCCGUCCUCUACAUCCUUCCAGUUGAUGUGAAUGUAACUGCCGACAGUUUCCAGUUCCGUCUCGUGGAUCCGGCAGGAAACCAAACUCCACCUCUGAUGCUGGAGCUGUUCUGGUCCCAGGUCCAGCUAUCGGCAAGCUGCUAUAGAACCUGUGAAACUUCAGGAUCUCUGCAGAUACAGAUCCAGCGUAGCGGGAGAAGUGUCGACCCAGCUUAUGUCUCCAUCCAGGUGGAGGAAGGAUCGGCCAAACCGGGCAGGGAUUUCAUCCACAGCUCAGCCACUCUGAUCCAGUUUGACACGGGUGUGAACGUAAAGAGCUGGAAUGUUUUCCUGGUGGAUGAUGGUCUGGAGGAGAACCACGAGACCUUCAGCAUCACUCUGAAAAACCCUCAGAACACCAUCUUGGGUCAGAGAAAUUCAGCCUCUGUCGAGAUCAUCGACCCCCGACGAGGACGCUGUGAUCCAGAGGACCUCAAGGUAGCCUCUCCUCCUUUUCUCCCUGAUCCUUCUCCUUCUCCUCGUCCUGAGGACGAAGAGGAUGAAGACCCAGUCACUGACAUCGAGGCAGAGCUUCUUUGGGAGACUCAGCCAGACCCUCCCAGAGGAGACGUCCCAGACCACCGGCCUCACCUGGACUAUGAAGAGGUAGAGCCACAGGACCAGAUGAUGCCUGUAUACAGACGCAUCCACACCUCCAAGGGUCACCUAGUGGAAUCACACCUUGGUAGCACAUCUUGGAACCCUGAAGGCAGGAAGGUGGUGAGCUCCCACAGCAACUUGUGUCCUGAAGGUUGGACCUUCUACAGGAGACACUGUCACAUAGUCUGCUCAUCUGUGGCCAGUUGGGCCAGCGCUGACAGAACCUGCUCUCUGCUCUUCAACAGCAGCCUGAGCAUCGUGCGCUCCAGGAAAGACAUCAGCUGGAUGUGGAGAUUUGCAGGGAAGAAGUCCUUCUGGAUCGGUGGGUCUGGAGAUCAGGACCACUGGAUGUGGGCAGAUCGUCAUACAGCCAGACUCAGCGGGGUGCCGCUGGGACGUGAUGAUGCUGACAUCAGCUCAGACUGUGUCCUGGUCGAGAACCCCAGAAGAUGGAUUUCUACCAACUGUUCAGCUGAAACUCAGCACUCAUUUAUCUGUUCUUCAGAAACUGUUCCUCACUGAGAGCUGCCAUAUUUACAGUCAUUCAGUCAGCUGCUCUGUACAGGGGUUUGAAUAAAGACCUUCUCCUAAAACCUCA